CUCCACCCACGGUGAGAGAGACAAGCGUGUACCGGAGUGUGUGAGACGGAGCGAGCGAGCAUCUAUUCUCUAAAUAACCUGUUGAUCCAGUCAAGCUCUGUCAGGCGCUCGCGGGACACUCUCUCUCACUCUUCCUCUUUGGCUUCACUGUGUGCUUGUGGGCUGCCAAACCACAUAGAUCCAAAGAAAAAUCUGCAGAUCAUGGAGUGAAAGCUUGCGGGAGUUUUCUGGCCCCAAACCAUGUCAGCAUUCAUUUGCAUCUGGGCCUGCUUCCUGCUGCGUCUCAGCGCCGCCGCAACGGACAAGACGCCAGAUGAAAGCGUCACUUGUUUCGUGUCAGAGGAGUGCCACCUCCCGUGUAUGUUCCCCCCCGCCUCCAACCAGAGCGUGCGCUGGUUCCGGCAGGACGCGGUGAUGCUCAGUUUCGGCGAAACGCCCAGUGAAGGCCAGCCGCUGGCCGGGCGGGCCGCCGUGUCCCCGCCCAUGAUCGCCGGGGGCAACGCUACUCUGGUCCUCAGGGAGGCGGCCCUCAAGGACCGCGGCACUUACCGGUGUCAUGUACGUACGUCCAAGGGGGAUCACAGCACCAAGGUGGUCUUGAAGGUGGAAGCGCCCAUCCGAGGCCUUUCCCUGGAACUGUCGCGGCUAAGUGGCUACGAGGAGAUGAAGUGCAUCGUGCGGGACGUCUUCCCUCCGCCCCGGGUCACCUGGGCCACAGAGCCGCCCACCUUCGAGGACCUGCGACCCAUCACGCGCAUGCUGGCCGACAAGCGGGGCCUGUACACGGCUGACAGCAGGCUGAAGGUUAUGGAAGGCCAGCCGGAGCUCAUCUACAUUUGUAAAGUCACCACCUCCUACGGGGGGCCCACCUGGACAUCCUCACUGCGGGAGAGAGCAAUAGCAGGUAGCGAGGGUCGAGAUUUGACCAUCCCAUGCUUCGCCCCGGGGUACCUGAACAGCCUCACCCUCCGCUGGAGCUUCUCCAACGGCGAGGACCCGGUGCACAUCCUGACCUACGACAGCCACUCGGGGCACAGCACCUCGGCGCCGUCCUGGGACAACCACUUGGAGCUGGACGGCUUCAGGGUCCCGUUCGGGGACGGCUCGCUGCGCUUGAUGGACCCCGAACACGUCCACCACGAGGGCACCUAUAGCUGUGUCUUCUCCAUGCCGUAUAACACGCACACGGAGCGCUCCGACGUCGCCAUCAACUCGCCCACUGCCAAUCGGAGCACCUCGCUGCAAACGUCAUACUGGUGGAUCGUCGGCCUGGUAGUGGCGUUGACAGUCCUGGUACUGGCAGCCAUGUUGGUUUACCUGAAGAUGCGAGGAAAAGCAGCAAAAUCUUCAUCACGUGACCCUGAGGAAGAGACCGAGCUGAACUCGGUCAAAGGCGUAGAGGGUGAAAGUGAGAAGAGCAACCAAUUUCCUGCCAGAGGCAACAAUGGACAGACUGGACCCUUGUGACCCCCGACCCCACCCCUCCACACACUGGACUAUGUUUUAUAUUGUAAAGACAUUUUGUAUGAAGUGAUGUCUACUAAAGUUACAUAUUGACCGGACACGCACUAGAACCUUUACAAGUGAAGUUCCCUAGACCUUCUGCAAGCCUUUGUAUGCACGUGCAAUGUUUCGGACCAGCUGGCUGAAGGCCAAACUCACAAUUGCUGUAUGAUGGCUCAAAAUGUCACAACUGUGCCUUUCUGUGACUCUUCCAGUCUCGCCGCAACAUGCCGAUGAUAUUGACCAUUUGGUUUGGAAUGUCAUCAGCAGGUUACAACACUGGAAGAAGUGGGCUAACUUCCUUGGUAACUUUGGGUCAGAAACCAACAUUGGGAAUUUGAGCGUUGAGCUCCCGAGAGAGAGAGAGAGAGAGAGAGAGAGAGAGAGAGAGAGAGAGAGAGAGAGAGAGAGAGAGACUUAACGCAAUCCAAAUGUGGAAUGUAGCCCGACUAGAAUGUUUUGCUGACGUCCCGCCUGCAAAUUCCCAAAGCGCGAUCACGUUCAGAGCGUCAACAUGGACAUUCAGCAACAGAUUCUUCAACUCUUUAUUGCUGACGUCAUAACCCCCCAGUGAGGGAACCGCAUAUGUCAACAUCUGCCUGGGGAAAGCACGCCACAGCGCGAUAUGCCGAGGAAAUUGAGGGGAGCGGUGGGCGUGCAUCUCUUCAGAACUAAACCCUGUUGCGCAACUGUGUGUGUGUGUGAGGGGGGGGUGGGCUGUGACUUAUCACGUAGGGGUGUACUCACUUUUGCAAUCUGAAAAUUAAUGGCUGCGUGUUGACUGAUUUUGAAAGGACAGUAAAAAUAUUGCCAAAAA